UCCACAUAUGAUGGGCGAAAACAAAGAUGGAAUAUCUGGUUUGGCAUUCUCGCAGACCAGCGAACUAUUGGCAUCCUAUAGUUAUGAUAACAUCUACCUUUUCUCGAGAGAACAUGGCUUACACUUCAACAAUAUUGAGAGAUAAGUUGCCUGCACCUCAAAUAUUCAAGGGACAUCGUAACAAGCACACCAUGAAGGGUGUUAAUUUCCUUGGGCCCAACUGUGACUAUGUUACCACUGGAUCAGACUGUGGCCGUGUAUUUAUUUGGAGGAAGAAGGAUGGGGAGCUUAUGCGGGUUAUGAAAGGGGAUAAACAGAUUGUGAACUGUGUUGAGCAGCACCCUUAUGGGAUUGUUAUUGCAAACUGUGGCAUUGAUAAAGAUAUCAAGAUUUGGGCUCCUGGUGGAAGUGAGAACCCUGACGAGGUUGAGACAGAUUCUUGUUGCUCUGAUAUCAGUGAGUCCUAUGACUCGGUUUACUUUGAUGAUUACAUAUUUUCCUCGGAUUUUGAUUCAUCUGAAGAGGACGACGAAGACGACGACGACGAUGAUGAUGAUGAUGACGAUGACGAAGAAGAUGGCCUUAGUGUUAGUAUCAACGAAGACAUGAGCUAUGAAGAGAAAGAUGCAGCCAGCGACCAUGACAGCGAUGUUUAAAGGUUGCAUUCAGCUAUUAUGAGACCGUAGGAUGGUUCAGUCUUAGAACAUGGUCAGUUAGGGGAUCAUCGACAGUUUUGUAUGAUGUAUGCCUUAGGUUGUUUUAUCAUGUGUUCCUUUCUCAGUCCUCGGCCGUAUUGCUUGUACAUACAUAUACAUAUGCCUGAGAUAGCUAAGCAAAAGCAUACUUACAUGUGGACAAAUUUGAGUGGAUGGAGAAUUUUGUGUAUAUUACAUUACACAUGUUUACCGCCUUAAAUCCUGACUGAUGAUGAGAAAUACCACCAAUUUGAGAGGGAUUUAUGAGUUUUUAAA